UAGACAACAGACAGGAAGACAGACUGAAUUUAGUUGCAAGAGUUGGUGAAUAAAGUGCUUCCAGUUAUUGGGUUGAUAACGUCACUGAUUUGAGUCCAACUUGUCUGCUUGUUUCAUCAUGCCAUUACCUCUUCUUACGGUUCCUGAACAUACGAGAGAGAAUAAGCUGCUGGUGUUGAAUCUUGGCCUUAAAGACAGACUCCUGGUGGACACAGAGCUUUUCAUCCACGUCAACCUUUUCCCCGAUGUGCCGUUAAACGAAUCAGUCCCCUCCAGAUCCAUCAGUCACACUGAGGGCUCAAACAAUGGGAAGAUGCUGCAGCAGGAUAUAAAAUCAGCCGGUCGGUCGGAGGAACAACAGAAAUCUCUGUCCAACGGCCGAGAAGACAAGAAAACAUCAGAGAAAGAGACAGACAGGACAAUGUGGAAAAUGUAUCCUGUGUGGCUAUUGGUGGCUGUGGUGACGGUGGGCGUGGCCAGAGGAGCUGUCAGUCAGUGCUGGGAGCAUCCGAGCUGUCAGGAGCUCAACUCUGAGAGCAGCUUGAUGGAGUGCAUCCAGCUCUGUCGCUCUGAUCUCACCAGUGAGACACCCAUCAUCCCGGGUGACGCCUACCUCCAACCUCCUCCAUCAGACCCAGAGUCUCUGUCUGCCCUCUCUCAUUUACCUUCCUCCUUAUCCUUACCCUCCCCUCAGGCCAAGCGCUCCUACUCCAUGGAGCAUUUCCGAUGGGGGAAGCCUGUGGGGCGAAAGCGUCGCCCAAUCAAAGUCUACACUUCCAACGGUGUGGAGGAGGAGUCAGCCGAGGUUUUCCCUGGAGAGAUGAGGAGGCGGGAGCUUGCCAAUGAGAUGAUUGCGGCGGAGGAGAAGGAGAAGGCACAGGAGGUGGCGGAGGAAGAACAAGAGAAGGAGCAGCUUCCAGGUGGCGUCCAUGAGAAGAAAGACGGCACGUACAAGAUGAAGCACUUUCGCUGGAGCGGCCCGCCGGCCAGCAAACGCUACGGCGGCUUCAUGAAGAGCUGGGACGAGCACAGCCAGAGGCCGCUGCUCACGCUCUUCAAAAAUGUCAUCAACAAAGAUGGACAGCAGGAGAGAGAGCAGUGAAGGAAGAGGAAAGAGACAAGAGAUAGAUAGAAGAUGAGCAGACAGAGAAUUUUUCAAACCAAAUUGUCAUCUGAUUCACCAACAAGUCCUUAAAACUAAAUGACAGAAUAUGUUGUUCGUCAUUGCCUUCCAGACUUCCCUAUCAGCAUAAAACCUUGUCCCCUAAAAUUCAUUUUAUAUACAACUGAUUUGCUUUGCUAAUUGCUGCCUGGAUUAUGUUCACAGACAUUGUUUUUUCUAGUGUAGGAAGUGCUAAAUUUCUGUAGUUGUAGGGAGAUGGUCGGGACUUUGACACCAGAGACCGAAGUAUCCUGGUCCUGUGCGUGGUUUGGUUUAGGCAACAAAAGCACUUUAGCUAAGAUUAGGGAGGAUUAGUCAUGGUUCUGAUUAAACAAAACCACCAAACUACAAUUUUCUGUGGUUUUGGUCUCACUGUUACCAUUGCAGACGUUCUAAGUAUUAAACCAUUAGAUCACGAUUAGAUCUUACCGUAACCUUAAAGAAAGUACUGCAAGUGCCUAAACGUAACCAUUUUUAAACAUUUUACACUGCUUUAGUUGCUAUGGGUGUAUUUGUAUUGCGAGUGGAAAACAAAUGAAAUAUGUUGUCAUUAAACAUUUUGCUGGUAUGUUCAAGUAUAAACACUUUGUGAUGAACAACAAUUCCUCAUUACAUUGACAAAAAACAUAAUCGAAGUGCCAUCACUUUACCUACAAAAUGUAUUUCCUGCUGCAAAUUAGUUGUAUUUAAAUGUUCUGGGAGACUGUUGUGACAGUCGUUUUCAUGUCGUAUUAUUGUUUUCUGCUUGGUCAUCUUUAAGGAAGACUGUCAAGACUCCCAAAAAUAAUGACAGAAUCAGUCGUCAAUGCAAGUGCCCCAAAAUGACUUACAUUAUAUUUACGUUCAAGUGACAGCCACCUCUAGUGGCCUUAGUGGUUAUGAUGUAAAUCUAUAGUGACAAGCAAGUCAGGAUAGAUGGAUGGGUCAACAGAUCAGUUAAGAUUCGGUCGAGUUUAGGCGACUAAAACUACUUAGUUAAAGUUGGGAAAAUGUUUGCUGUCAGAGGGAAAACAGAUAUAAUCUGCAGUCUUCUUCGUCAAUAAUCACACAAUGUGUUGACCCACAUUUCCACCUUCACAUCCUCACUAUGAAAACUAAAAGGUCACACUACUUCUGGCUUUGUUCCUGACAAACAAAAGUCAUAAUCCACAUGGCCAUUAGAGGUCACUUGUCAGGAAUACAUAAUAGGAAUAAGUCAUUUUAGACAUUUUCUUUUGGGGACCGUCUGGUUGGCUGUUUCUGCAGAAACAGGCAGCAGAUAGUUCUCAUUGGGCAGCAUGAUGAAGGCUCAUUAACUGACACUUUUUUUUGACCAAUAUAAAACUCCGUUCUGCUGCCUGUAUGUAACUCCACCCACAGGGAUCAGACAAAAAGAGAUAGACAGAAAGAGAGAGGAUGAGUGAAAACUGUUUGGAUAUUCAUUGAAUAAUGUAAAU